AUGAAUCACAGAAGACCUUCUGCUGUAGAGUACAACUCUGCAAUCAGGGAACGUUCCCACUCUGUGGCCGCUCUGGUCAAGGAACAGGAGAGCUGGCUUGAGAGGACUCUCAAGCCCAAGAAAGUCACCGCCAGGUAUCCCAUCAAGGGAGCAGCAUUGCUCUUCGCAACUUGCGCCUUCGGCAGCUUGGGUGACGCGCUUUUUGGGUACAACUCUGUAGGUAUCUUAUCCGGCUUGCUGGUCAAUCCGAUCUUUGUGAGACGCUUCUUCAGCGACUAUGGAGGCGCCGACGGCACUACGGCUCACAUCAAUCCUUCCAUCACUGGCAUAUUUGUCGCGUGCAUGCAGGCAUCCGCAGCUGUGGGAGCGCUCUUGGCAGGAAGACUCGGAGACGUCAUCGGUCGAAAGAAGUGUGUCCGCCUCGGCGGUUUCAUCUACUUCUUCAGCGCUUUCAUGCAGAUUUUCGCUCCUGGGUUCGCACUCUUCGUUGCCGGUCGCACCAUCCAAGGUCUAGGCGUCGGGAUUCUCUCCAUGACCGUCCCCAUCAUCCAAACUGAGAUUGCGGCUCCCCACAGAAGAGGAUUGAUGGUCGGAAUCGAGUACACUUGUCUCAUCGCUGGGUAUAUGCUGUCAUGCUGGGUCAAUUACGGCUUCGAUUUCCUGCUUCCAGAUCCGAUGUCCUGGCAGGGUCCAUUCAUCAUUCAGAUUGUACUCUCGUUCAUCCUGGUGGCAAUGUCCUUCUACCUCCCGGAAACCCCUCGGUGGCUGGCAAAGGCCGGGUUUAUGCAGGAAAGUCUCCAAACAGUCGCCGACCUGCAUUCCAAUGGCGAUAUACACGCAGAGCAUGUUCAGCAGGUCUUUGUAGAGAUUCAAGAGGCGGUCAUCUACGAAACAAACCUGGGAAAGUCUGGUUGGAAGGAAAUGUUCACCCGAUACCGCAAGCGUACUAUUGUCGGUAUUACAGUCCAGAUGUUCGCUCAGCUCAACGGAAUCAACAUCAUCUCCUUUUACCUUCCAAGCACACUAGCGUCCGCCGGAUUCGACAACCGUAAAUCGCUCCUUUACACCGGCGCAAACGCUAUUCCAUAUACCGCCGCGACUGUUGUCACAUGGUGGUUAGCGGACAGAUGGGGUCGGAAACCUUUGCUUCUCCUUGGAGGCAUUCUAAUGGCGGUAUUAUUGGCCAUCGUCUGUGCCUUUACCGAAGCCAACUUCUCAGUCACCACCGCAGCUAACGGCCAAUAUGCUUUCGUCAUGCUGUACAACAUAGUUUACGGGUUCACUUGGGGUCCAAUGCCGUGGCUUCUGCCUGCCGAGAUCUUUCCUCUUCGCGGCCGCAGCAAGGGUAUGGCACUAGCCACUACCAGCAACUGGAUCUUUAACUUCAUCAUUGGUAUGGUUGCACCAGACGCUUUCGCCGCCAUUGGUGGCUACUUCUACCUCGUCAUUGCGGGUUUCUGCCUCUUCUCGGCCGGCCUGUCGCAGUUCUACUACGUCGAGACCGCAGGCCAUACCCUUGAAGAGAUUGCAGUGGCCUUCGGUGACAAGGCUUUUGAGGGCAAUGACGAGGAAAUCAUGGAUAUUGUCGAGUUGAAGAACGAAAAGAAGAAGAGUGUCGUUUGA